AUGUCCUUGGUUUUCCCGGACUAUUUUGCUGACCAUAUGGGAGACUAUGAAGAUGUCUUGGCCUCACUGGAGACACCAAACCUCUCCAUCCUGAAGGCAAUGGACUAUACCAAACAGGUGUAUGAGAGUGGCAGCAAUGUGGACCAGUUUGUGACCUGCUUCCUGCUGAAGGAGACAGUGAACCAGACCCAGUCACUGCUGAGCUCUGUGGAGAGUGCUGUGGAUGCAAUCAAUGAGCAAACCAACCCCGCCAGGCACUACCCCAGCAAGACUGGCCACGGUCUGAUGGACACCUGGUAUGACAGCCCUGUGCCCAGCUACUCUUCCACCAGCUGGAUGGUCCCCAGGGAGCACGGGAAGACCUUCCAAACUGGGCAGCAGGGCUCUUGGGGUGCCCAUGGGUGCCUCUCGCUCCAUCACUGCCUCCUGGCUCCACACAGGUUCCCCCAACACCAAGGUGGAAGGACUGGACAGGCAGAUCAACACAGGCUGGCCAAGCUGAUUGGCAGGCUGGAGGACAAGACCCUCUGGUUUGACCUGCACUAGCAGCUGUUGGACAGCAAGAGCAUGUACCUCCUUCUGGUGCGGGACGAGAUGACAGUGUCACACAAGCACUUGGGUGAGUUCUGCAGCUCCCUGAAGCAGUACCUGAAGAGCGUGGCUGAGGAGCAAGACUGCUUCCAUGUCACCGCAGUAAAGCUGCCUGAUGGGGUCACCUUCAUCAUCUAUGAAUUCUGGGAGACUGAGGAGGAGUGGGAGAGGCACCUGCAGAGUGCCACCUGCAAGGGCUUCCAGCAUGUCAAGGUGGACACGCCGAGCCAGCCUGAGGCCAUCUCCAACAUGGCCAUGCCAGCCACCUAG